AUGGCUCAAACACACGACAUCCUCAUCCUCCCCGGCGACGGCAUCGGUCCCGAGGUAAUGACGGAAGCCCUUAAAGUCCUCAAAACCUUUGAAUCACCCCAACACACCUUUCGACUGCGCCAGGAGUUGAUCGGUGGCUGUAGCAUUGACGCAACCGGCAAGUCUGUUACGGAGGAAGUCAAGCAGGCAGCUCUGGACUCCGACGCCGUGCUCUUCGCUGCAGUUGGCGGACCAAAGUGGGAUAAUGCGCGACGAGGUCUCGAUGGGCCUGAGGGUGGCUUAUUGCAGCUGAGAAAAGCGAUGGAUAUUUAUGCGAAUUUGCGGCCUUGUUCGGCUGAUUCACCAAGUAGUUCUAUCGCCAAAGAAUUUAGUCCAUUUCGACACGAAGUUAUUGAAGGUGUGGACUUUGUGGUUGUGAGGGAGAACUGUGGAGGUGCUUACUUUGGAAAGAAGAUCGAAGAGGAAACCUAUGCAAUGGAUGAAUGGGGCUAUAGCGAAGCUGAAAUUCAGCGCGUGACUCGUCUAUCCGCCGAGAUUGCGCAGCGUCACAAUCCUCCGUGGCCAGUAAUUUCUCUCGAUAAGGCAAAUGUCCUGGCAUCAUCUCGAUUGUGGAGGCGGGUGGUCGAGAAGACUAUGACGACCGAGUAUCCAGAUGUCAAGCUAGUGCAUCAGCUUGCAGAUUCCGCAUCAUUGAUCAUGGCGACCAAUCCUCGUUCUCUGAAUGGUGUGAUUCUCGCUGAUAAUACAUUCGGCGAUAUGCUGUCCGACCAGGCCGGCUCUAUUGUUGGAACUUUAGGGGUUCUCCCUAGUGCCAGUUUGAAUGGUCUCCCGGGGGACAAGACGCUGAAGACACGACCUUAUGGGUUGUAUGAGCCUACACAUGGAUCAGCACCAACAAUUGCUGGGCAGAAUAUUGCAAACCCGGUGGCCAUGAUCCUUUGCGUUGCGUUGAUGUUCCGUUACUCUUUGAAUAUGGAAGACCAGGCACGGCGAUUGGAAGAUGCUGUACGCAAAGUGCUGGACUCGGGCUUGCGAACUCCUGAUCUCGGAGGAAAGGCUGGGACGAAAGAAGUGGGCGAUGCUAUUGUAGCUGCCUUGUAA